AUGGUGUUAAUGAUGGUGGACCAGGGCUAUGAUCGCCCACCUGAUCUUAAAAAGGAUCCAUUCUGGGAUGAUGAGGUUGAACCAUUAUACUCCGAACAAACAGCAAGGAUUCCAAACAACCCACUCAAAGGUUCCGUUAGUGAAGUGAGGUUACCUGAUUAUGUUCACGAGAUUAGAAUGGUGCCGCAUUUCGACGAUCGCGAUCCGUUGCUCACGGACACCGCGGCACUGCGGAGAAGAGUCAGCGUGGUUCCCGUCAGCCACGUGGAACAUCGUCAAAGCCGGCCCUCAAUUGGAUCCUUAGAGGUGUUCCGUAGUUUCAAAAGCAAAGUCGAAAGAAAUUGUUUUUGGAUGAGAAACCAUGUCGAUCCAUCUGUUCGCGUGUCAUGCUACACCCCACUCGACCCCUCCGAGCUAUUUGACGACGAUAAACCACGAAAGGCUGUGUCCCAUGGCCAUCUGCCGGUUCUGGAUCUGUCGCGUGUUGGACCGCAACGAAGCGGAGAGACCACACCUGUGGCGGAAAAGUCGUUCACCAACGCAGCGUUCAUCAAUAGCCAGGAUGAUUUCACCACAUCCCUAGAGAAAGGGAAGGAUGUCCGGAAAUCGUCGUCAUCGACGAAUCUGAAGUCUCCGCAUGACUUCCAGCAUCACAUUCUUGAUGAUGUGCUUGAAGAAAACGAAGAGGAUAUGGCACAAAGGACGGUCCGAAAGAGAAGCACCAUUGAACACCUCGAGGAAGGAAGAGCUCCACAACCACUGCAACCACUGGUUAAGGAAGAAAAGAAGGACGAAUCCAACAGCGGAGUUAUCAUUCCUAUUAGCGAGGAACCAGAAACGAAACCAGAAACGGCGAAAAGUAGUGAAUUUUUCAUUGGACAAGAUGACAAUCGCUAA